UCCUGGGAACGCAUGACGGGCAGAGUAUAAUCGCGCAAGACGUCAGGGAUGGCAUGUACACAAAACACAACGCGCAGAAUAUCUUGUGUUUGUAAAGACGUGCAUGAGUCCACUGCAGCUGUGUGGGUGCGUGUGGGUAUAUAAGAGUGUUGUUUAUAUUGCUGCUGUUAAGUAAGCAUUUGCUGUGGGUAUUUUAGUCGAAUUUGAAGCAACGCCCGAACAGGUUCCGUAUCGAUGUGCACAAGAACGUUAAUGAGCGUGCGAACGAGACGAAAAUAUGUACAAAUUUUCGAGGAACUGUGAUCAUUUGUUUAUCUUUACCGAAAGCUUUUUGUUUUGUUAUCCUAUAAUAAUCACCGUAAACGAAUUCCCGAAUCUAAGAUCAAUGGUGCUCAACAAACUCGUGUACAGUGUACAUACAUAAAUAAUUAAUGGUGUGGAGAUUCUGAGCAUUCAUAGAUACAUGCCAACAAACAUAUGUACAUAUGUAUGCAUGUAUGCAUAUAUAUAUUUUUGAAAAGGAAUCUACAUAUUGGAAGAUCGAACAAAUGCAAAGAUAAUCAUUAUUAUUUAUAAUUACCAUUAGCAACCGAAACCUAAUGGCCAUGCACAGGAAACAUGAUAAUUGAACCAAACUUGUCAAAAAAGGAAACAGCUGAGUGGUGCAAUGCUUUCCGACAUAUAUGUAAAGCUAGUUAUCGUACAAUAAAAAAAUGUCCAUCGCAUCGGGAGAGGUCCAUUUGGAUUGUUAACAUUUUUUGGCAUAUUUAUAUUUACCGUACCACCACUUUAAAAAACAUUAAAACUCUGGAACCUCUCUUUAAACGUUCGCCUUCUACUGCUUAUGCUGAUGGUAAACUUACCCAAGUUUGUAAUAGGUCACUAAAGCUUUACAAAAUAUGGUUUUUAUUGGUUUUAUUGAUGCCAACUCAGCCUCAAGUCAGUGGCCAUGGUAUAUUCCGCCAAACGUCAAAUUCAAAAGCAAUGUUUUUAUACCCUCAGCCUAUCGAAAAUAUAAAAUUUAACAUUUCGCAGCUUAAAAAUUUUGAAAAUGAAGCUAAGAAACUUAAAACCAAUCCAAUACAUCCAAGAAUCCGAGCCAAAUCAACUCCGAAAAUGGGUCCUAAACUUUUAUCUAAAAGCAUUAGCAAACAAAGCAGAGACUCAAUCUACAAUGACAGUUCAAAUAAAUAUAGUCUGAUUAAUGUAAGCCAGUCAAAAAACUUGUCUCAAUUAUUCAAUAAAAAAUUGGCAGUUGAGUGGAUAAACACCGUACCAAUUCAAAGUAGGCAAACGAGGGAAACCAGGGAUAUUGGCCUAGAAACCAACAGACAUAGUAAACAACCAAAAAAAAUAGAUGAAGCAAGGCUUAAACGCCUCGUUUUGAAGGGCCUUGGGCUAAAAAAACUACCAGAUAUGAGAAAGGUCAAUAUAAGCCAAGUUGAAUAUUCCAGCAAAUACAUAGAAUACCUAAGUCGCCUAAGAAGUAACCAGGAAAAGGGCAAUAGCUUUUUUAACAAAUUUAUGGGAGCAUCCAUUAUAAGAGACCUUCAUUUUCUAAGCAUUACUACAAACGAAUUCAAUGACAUAAGUAACAUACGAUCACGUCAUAAAAGGUCGCUUAAAAAAAUGAACAGGCUAAGUCAAAUCAAAAUGCACAAAAAUUAUGAAGACUUACUACGUGGCGAACAGGAUACAACGAAUAUUCUUUUACACUUUCCAUUGACAAAUGCAAAAGACGCCAAUUUUCACAAUGAUAAGAUUGACGAGGCCAAUAUUAGGCUUAUGCUUCUCUAUAGCUCAUCGCUGGCAACAAAUUCCCACCGAGGGCACGGAUCUAAGAAAAAAAAGCUCAGUCAUAUUUCUGAAAAUGAUCAAAUCGAAAGGCUCUGUAAUUCCGGUGAUGUCAACUUGAACCAAUCCAAAAAAAAACGUAGUCAGCAAUUAAUUUUGAAAGUAUAUCAACUUCUUUCAGCGAAUAGACGAAGAAAGAUAUCGUCUAGAAAAAUUGAAUUAGAAAAUGUUGGCUAUGAAGAAACCCGAACACAGUGGAUAGAAUUCGACGUGACCAAAGCUGUUCGUAGUUGGUUAAACCAUAGUCAUGAAAACUUGGGGAUAGAAAUUCAAUGUGAUAAAUGUAAAAGUAUAGGUGCUCGUAUACUAAGUGACUUCAGCCCGUCAUCAUCGCCAAACUCGGCAGCUUCAAGCGAUGAACACUUCAACCUCAUGCCAGUUCUUAAUAUAAUCGGACACGGAACACUAAAUUCCCCAGAGCAUGUCGACUCGGACGUUCACCACAUCAUAUUGGCCAAUAAUAAAAGCGAUCAAUAUGUUCAUCAUCGUUCAGACCAUGAUAGCACCUGGAGAAAGGAAAAGUGGAGCAACAAUUGUUACAAAUUGCACCAAAGAUGUUGUAGAAAUCAAUUGGAUGUUGCCUUUAAGAACAUUAAGGGAUUCGAAUUCAUUUUACAGCCGAAGGUAUUCGAUGCAGGUUACUGCCACGGACGAUGUCCACCACGUCACAAUCCCGCCCAUCACCACGCCCUACUGCAAAGUCUAAUAUGGCAAGAAGAUCACAACCGAGCCCCCCGUCCAUGUUGCGCGCCAUCAAAGCUUGAGAUGCUAGAAAUAUUGCAUGUUGACGAAGAUCACAGCGACAAGCUAAAAAUUUCGACGUGGAGUGAUAUGCAGGUUGUAGAAUGUGCCUGUUCGUAAAAAAAACUUUCAAAAACUUUCCCUAACGAUUUAUUCUUACAUAUACUCUGUAUUUUAUUAAUCUUUUUAAGUAUUGUCUCUUAUGGGAUUAACAUUUUGAAAGGAUUGAGGAAAAAUAAAUAUAUUUUUCGUAAUAUUUUUUCGGCGGUAA